AAGAAGAAGAAGGCCAUCAUGAAAACGUGCUUUGUUUUCGCCACACUGCUAGAAAAUAUACUGAAUCAGAAACAUAAUUACACAAGAACGUGUCUAUAAUUUGAUGCGGGAGCUUUAAGCAGCUCGUAUUGCAAUCAUGGACGAACAGCUCACUAGUGGCUACAGUGAGCCUUGUGGUCAGUGUGCUGUUGUUGACUGGGGAGUGUCAGAUGGGGGUCAUUUUUUCUGCAAGAACUGUCACAAUGUGAUCGAGAAAACAAGGGAAGUGGAUGAUAAUUCCGCCCAACACAUACGCGGCAAGAUCUCAAGGAUAUCUAAACCGAAGAAGAGUGGAACGGAAGGAGCACGAGAGUGGGUGGUAUGUGAGGGAUUUCAAUUCAUCCUGAAACACCAGGCUGAUGCUUUGGUUAAUCUUGGGGUUUGCACACAGUUCAAGACAGAGGUUCUGUGGAAUUUCUGGAAGCGAUAUCUGCAGAACACAAGGCAAGCUUACACCAAAAAUCCAAUGGACACUCCAAAGAUUACAGUGGAUCUGACCUCAGAGAGUGAGCCAGAGUCUAUGGCUGCAAGUGAAAAGUCAUUCCAGAGCAGGGUUACAUCAGAGGCUGAAGCGAUAUCCGCCUCUGGCAGCACCACUGAUAGACGGGUAUGUUCAGGCUCUCUGGAUGCUUUGUCAUACAAGAGGGAAAGUAGAAGCCGCAAACUUAUGACCAUGCCGCGGACACUGGCCCUGUGCUAUCUGGCUUUGCUGUGGGUCAGAGAGGCCAUCACUCUAGCUGACUUACUGAGGAUGGUGUCAGAGAGACAUGUUCCUUACUUGAACCUUCAUGAAGAUUUUCCCGCAGAGAUGCGACUAUUUGGAAGAGAUACCCAGAUCUUUCGAGUUGAAUCUCUUCCCUCGUACUCAGUGGUCCAUCGAGAAGCUGUUUAUCUGGCUACAUUCAUGAAUUUGCCGUCUUUCCCAGCUGUUUCUCAGGACUGUCUUCUACAGCCGACUCUGCUCACUGUCCGCUAUCUGCUGGAGUCAAACCUCCCUGAUUCCCUUCAUGUUUGGGCCUGUAAGGUUAUCGAUCAGGCUGCUAUGGGAAUAGACUCAUUCCUGACCUUUAACCCUGUCGGACAGAAGCCUCGUCUCAUAUGCUAUGACAUUCUGGCAGUAGCUGUUAUCAUUGUCACUAUGAAGCUUCUUUUCAAGUUGGAUGAUCAGGAGGAGUGGAGGUUAUCUGAUGCAGUCUUGAAGAAGAAAAAGAAGAAAGUCUUCAAUUUGAGAAAGUGGUUUAAUACUGUGCAGCCUGCCAUAGAGCAAGCCAAACAGAAGAGGGAACGAGCAGAAGCCCGACGACAGUGGAAAGCCGGCAAGCCUCUCAUUCCAUCUCUGAAAAACAAGAGUGUGGUCCUCAAAAAGAGACGUGUGGUUGAACAUUUGCAGCACAGAUUUCAGAAAUUAACUGACUCUGCACCGAAGCAAUCGCCUUCCACCACAGACACCAUCUCCAGCUUUCACUUCCACUGGGGCAAAGAGGAGUUUUCCGAUGGACCCAGUAUGCAUCACCAUCGGUUGAAUUGUACCUUUAAGAAAGAAGGGGUCAAGUGCCUCGUCAACCGAAAAUACUGGCAUGCUGAUCUUAAACCCUGCCCACCAAAGUUUUGUGGCGAUCAUUACUCAGAAAUCGAGCCCAGCUUGCCCAGGAUGUAUGUGUGGCUGUUGGAUUUCUUCUCAUUUCUGCUGGGAGUCACUCAAGCUCAAGUGCACCAAGAGGUCCUCAAUGUGGAGCGCCGCUUCCUGAAAAGAUAUCAGCCAAGUGACUAUCUCCCCAUGAAAAUGUUCCCAUAAAAUGUAAUGUCUCAAAUUUACAUUUGAGAGUAUUUUGAUUCAUUCAAGUGGAUUGAUUCUUGCCAGUGGCAAGAUCUGUGAUUGUAUGAUCUUUGUAAGGUUUAAAUAACUUGACAUGAUAAAAUGUGUUUUUGCUAAUUUACAUUUUAGUCAUAAUGAACAUGUUGGUUUAAAGCCUUAAGAUAAAGCGGUCUUCUAAUUUGACUUGCUUGCUGCUGUGAAACAUCCACCUACCAACAUUGCCACCGACAGUAUGUCAAAUACAAUAAUGUUGGCCGAAAGUGAAAAUCUGUACAUCAGUUUCCAAGAUCUUGUUUUCCCCCCAUCAAAAUAACAGCACUGUGCAAAACAUUUUUCUGAUCUGUAUGAUGUUGUGAUCGUAACAGCAGCUGUUUUGAGUCAUUUGAUGUAGCCAGGGAAAUAAACGGCACCAUAGUUUUAAAAUUGUGAAUUGGUGAUAUUUCCUACAAUUUGUCUGACACAAUUUUCAUCUGAAAUUAGAUUUGAAAUGAACUGGCUUUAUUUUGAUCAAAAGUGUGUUAUUUCCUGUGCACAUUUUGAUUUAAGAAAAUCCAGUUGAGUAAUGGUUUUAGUAACAAGGUGAACCAACAGGUGGUGUUGGUUCAUUUAAGAUUUCUGAUAGAUUCCUUUAUUUUAACAAUGAGGUUCUGUCUUCUUUGCAAAUAAGAGUAAACUUGAUAUUUGGGGAACAUUUGAAAAUUGUUUCACGAAAUAUCCCACUACUUCAGCUGUGCAUUUCUGCUGUUUUAAGGUUGCUUAUUUGUCUUUUGGGCAUCUUUGUUCUUAUAACCUUUGUCUUGAAGAAAUCAGGUGUGAAGCUGUGUACAAAGAUAUCAGUCUGGUCUCACUAUUGUGAUUGAUGUGGAAUGAAACUUAGAUAUAGCACAUCAAAAUUAUAUAGCACAUAAAAUAGCACAUAAAAAUUAUGUAGCACAUAAAAAUGAUUGGACUCUUGAUAAUAUGUCAAUUACUUGAUAAGCCAUUUUCCCCCUUUAAGUCCAAAAAAUGGCUAAUGCAGGAGAAGAUCUGCUAAAAUCUGCUUACAUUGUGACUAAAACUAAUAAUAGAUAUGCAUACUUCCAACUGUCCUUUUUUUAUUAUUUACAGCUGCCUGCUUUUCUCAGAUUGAUGUAAUUCAUUGAUCCCCAAAAGGCAAUUGAUCACAAAGGUUUUUAUAAAACUACUCAUCUUAUGUAAAUAUCACCCAUUGUUUUAUGAAGAAGAAAAAAUAAUAAUUUGAUAAGUCUCAAAAAUAAAAAAAUCUUAAUACUGUUGUGAGGCUGAACAAAGGAAAAAGUGGCAACAGAUGUUGUCAUCUGACGACAAGGGAUUAUAAGAGUGUGCAUUGUUAUACCUGGAAUGGCUAUGUUUGUAUUUGUUUUGCAUCUGUUUCAAAUCAAAUCUCUUUAUUGUUAUUCAACCAUAUACACAAGUGCAACAGUGGGUGAAAGUCUUGGGUGCGGUUCCAAGUAACAUAGCAAUAUGACAAUUACAAUAAACAUCUGAUUUAUACAUAACACAGUUUACACUUCUUGUUACACAACACAGUAUACUCCUAAUAAUAUACAGUAUACACAAAAUAAGACUGUAUACAAUAAAAAAUGAUAUACAGUUGGCACAAAAUAAGAAGACUGUAUACAAUAAAAAUACACUGUACCUCCUCCCAUGUAAUCAGUGGAAAUAAAUAUGUGUGUUGUGUUGACAUUCAGCUGUCGGUUGAUAAUCAGCUGCCAGUGUGUUAUUAAGAGAAGUAUAAAAUGUGAGUCCAGUCUGAGGCUAAUAAAAUGCAGUGCUGAUAUAUGUAUCAUGAGCGAUCAAGAGUUCAAAAGUCUGAUUGCUUGAG